UGUUCACAAUAUUAUUUAUUCAAUUAUUUAUAUUAUUUAUUUAUUAAAUUAUUUAAAUUGGUGGAAAUAGUGUGAAAAUUACUUUGAUGAGGUCGAGUGUUUGGAAGAGUAAAUGUGUGUGGAAAUAACUGUUUCUAAUGGUAUUUUUACGUAUAUUACUACUCAGUGUAUUAAUUAAUAUUAUGUUAAAUAUUACUAUAUAUAUUAUACUACAUUUUAUAUACAUUAAUUCUCAUCUCACUAUACCAGACCCCAUAGCGCCAAUAUUCAUUAAUUUAAUUUAUCAUUAAUUAAUUAAUUUAAAUAUUAAUAUUAUAAUUUAAUUUAUUAUUUAAAUUGGGCUUGUUAAAUUAAGUGCAAAAUUGUGAAAUUUCGCUUUGAGAUAACUCGAUCCUGUUCGGAAGAUGGUACAAAGAGUUCAUUAUAGAAGACGUAAUAAGUAUAAAACUCCUUCUAACGUUGUGAAGAGGGUGAGAACACCUGGCGCACGGUUAGUGCUUCAUAACCUUAAGAAGGUUGGGAAAAGACCACGUUGCGGUGACUGUAAGCGUACGCUCGCCGGUGUUUCCGCCGUCAGACCCUUUCUAUACAAGAAUCUUAAACGCAGAAAUCGGACCGUGUCAAGACCAUACGGUGGCUCCAGAUGCCAUAACUGCGUCAAGGACAGGAUAAUAAGGGCGUUUUUGAAGGAGGAGCAGAAGUGUGUGAGAAGGGUUGUGAAGGAGCGUGAGACGAGGACGAGGGCUGUGGAAUCGCCAGUGGAGAAGGUGGCGAAGGUUGAGCAGAAAAAGGUAAAAUCGAAACCCGACAAAAAAAAUUAACUUCUAAGCCAUAAUAUUAUUACGUACAUU